AUGAUCGUUCCACAAGAGCGGAUCAAUGCGGUUAACCUAGCGCAACGGAUUGCAAAUUUUAACGGUUACAUCCCUGAUGUACCGCAUAGAUCGUUGUUUAACGAAUUAAGUCGAGCGAUAAGGGCUAGUGUGAUAAGGUGUGGUCUCGAGGAUCGAGUGAGAGUUAUAGGAGUACCUCCCACAAAUUUCAAGACCCAGCUAAUUUGA